AUGGCGGACCUUCCGGAAUCGAGUGAUGAGUCUGUUGCAGACUUUGACGUAUUUGAUGAGGAAGAUGUCAGGGAAGCACACAGAAACUUGGAAAGGAUACAGAAUGACCUUCAGGACGCAAAUGAUGAAUCCGACAUAGAUUUCUCAGAUAACGAGAGCGAAGAAUCGGAAGAUGAUGACGAUCCGUUCUUACAAAAUUUGAAUUUUGAAUGGGACGACGUUGACCUGUUUGCAAAUGUUUUACCAGAAUUUACGAAAAAUACAGGAGUAAAUCAUCACUUACAAAUGGAUGCAAAGCCUAUUGAUUACUUAAAGUUUAUACCAGCUCCAUAUUUUGACGUUAUUGCCGAGGAAACAAACAGGUAUGCUGAUCAAAAAGGACCUGAUCCAAGAUGGCAGCCGACCACACCUGACGAGGUACGUGCUUUCAUUAGUAUCAACAUCAUUAUGGGAAUACGUCAGUUGCCUCGACUCUGGAACUAUUGGUCUACAGAUGAACGUUUCUCUGACCCAUAUAUAUCGUCAAUAAUGACCAAAUCUCGUUACAUGAAGCUAAAUCAAUACAUUCAUCUCAGAGACACAUCUGAUGUACCUGGUAGGGACAGUCCGGAUUAUGACCCUCUGUGCAAAGUCAGAACAUUAAUAAACUGCAUUUCACCUACCUUGAAAGAGAAUUAUAAUCCAGGGAAAUGUUUGUCAGUGGAUGAAGGCAUGAUUGGGUAUAAAGGAAGGAUACAUUUUCGGCAAUACAUGCCUGCCAAGCCUACAAAAUGGGGCAUAAAAGUUUGGCAGAUAUGCGAAUCAGACACUGGUUAUUGUUGUGGAUUUGACAUUUAUACAGGGAAAAAAAAACGGUGGACGUCAAUACGGACUAGGCUAUGA